AGUCACUAUACAGAGAGUAUUGGACCCCCAUCAAGAAAAACAAAAUUUGCAGUGUGCGGACGGAGAUUCUAAUAAGCUCCCCUCUGUUCCCCUCUUCAUCAUUUUAUCUCUUCUGUAUCCACUGAUUCUCCCACAUAACAGGGGAAGAAGGGAGUGAUGUGCUUGUAGCGGAUAGCAGUGUUGUACGAGUGAGUUAAAGAUGGCUUUUGGGCCACUGGUUUGGUAUUGCCGUCCAGCUUCAGAUGGAGUGUGGGCUAAAGCUGUGCAAAAUGCAUUUGGAGCUUAUACACCUUGUGCCGACUCUAUGGUGGUCUUUAUCUCUUAUGUGGUUCUUUUGGGUCUGUGCUUGUAUCGAAUAUGGCGGAUUAUGACAGAUUUGACUGUUCAGAGGUUUCAAUUGAAGUCAAAGUACUACAAUUAUAUGUUAGGACUCUGGGCAGCCUAUUGCACCGCUGAGCCUUUAUUUCGAUUGAUCAUGGGUAUAUCCGUAGUCAAUUUGGAUGGAGAGACUACUUUGGCUCCAUAUGAGGUUGUCUCCCUGAUUGUCAAGGCCCUUGCGUGGUGUUCCAUGCUGGUCAUGAUUUGUGUGGAAAUGAAAGUGUACAUUCAUGAAUUUCGCUGGUUUGUUAGGUUUGGAGUCAUCUAUGUUUUGGUGGGGGAUGUUGUAAUGCUUAAUCUCAUGUUAUCUAUGAGUGAUUUUUACACCCGGUCUACCCUAUAUCUUUAUAUCAGUGAGGUUGUCAUCCAGGGUUUAUUUGGACUUCUGUUGCUUGUGUACAUCCCCAGUUUGGAUCCUUACCUGGGUUAUUCCCCCAUCCAAACCGAGUCUGCAGAUAACGAUGAAUAUGAAGAACUUCCUGCUGCAGAGAAUAUCUGUCCAGAAAGGCAUGUCAACAUAUUUUCAAACAUCAUCUUCUCCUGGAUGAAUCCCCUUAUGCAACUAGGUUAUAAAAGACCUUUGACAGAAAAGGAUAUAUGGAAGCUGGAUACCUGGGAUCAGACUGAAACACUGAAUGAAAAGUUUCAAAAAUGUUGGGCUGAGGAGACUCGCAAGCCUAAACCAUGGCUAUUAAGAGCUUUGAAUAAAAGUUUGGGGGGAAGAUUCUGGUGGGGAGGCUUCUGGAAGAUUGGCAAUGAUCUUUCCCAGUUCGUGGGACCGAUGCUAUUGAACAAACUCUUAGAGUCCAUGCAAAACAGGGAGCCAGCUUGGAUCGGUUACAUCUAUGCAUUCUUAAUUUUUGUUGGAGUGGUGUGUGGUGUGCUGGUUGAAGCCCAAUAUUUUCAGAAUGUUAUGCGUGUUGGCUACCGCCUUCGAGCAACCUUGAUUGCUGCAGUAUUCCGGAAAUCUCUAAGAUUGACACAUGAAAGUCGCAGGAAGUUUGCAACUGGAAAAAUAACCAACUUGAUGACUACAGAUGCUGAAUCACUCCAGCAAAUUUGUCAGUCACUUCACACUUUGUGGUCUGCUCCUUUCCGAAUCGUCAUAGCAAUGGUUCUCCUCUACCAGCAAUUAGGAGUUGCUUCACUUCUUGGCGCCCUAUUGCUUGUUCUUAUGUUCCCAAUACAGACAUAUGUUAUUAGCAAAAUGCAAAAAUUGACGAAGGAAGGGCUACAACGUACUGAUCGACGAAUCGGACUCAUGAAUGAAAUAUUGGCUGCGAUGGACACCGUAAAAUGUUAUGCAUGGGAAAGCAGUUUCCAGUCAAAAGUUCAGGAUGUUCGCAAUGAGGAGCUGGCAUGGUUUCGAAAAGCACAACUACUUGGGGCGUGCAAUAGUUUUAUUUUGAACAGCAUACCAGUGUUAGUGAUUGUGGUUUCAUUUGGAUUAUUCUCUUUACUUGGAGGGGUGCUAACACCUGCAAAAGCAUUUACAUCGCUCUCGUUGUUUGCGGUUCUGCGUUUUCCACUUUUCAUGCUUCCAAAUAUUAUAACUCAGGUUGUAAAUGCUAAUGUAUCAUUGAAGCGUUUAGAGGAACUUCUCAUAUCGGAGGAAAGGAUGCUUUUGCCUAACCCGCCUGUUGAACCAGGACUUCCUGCUGUCUCAAUCAAGAAUGGGUUCUUUUCUUGGGACUCCAAGUCAGAGAAGCCAACGUUGUCUAAUGUUAACCUGGAUAUACCUUGUGGUAGCUUAGUAGCAAUAGUUGGUAGUACUGGAGAAGGAAAGACUUCGCUUAUAUCUGCUAUGCUUGGAGAGCUUCCUGCUGUUGCAGAUACUAGUGUUGUUAUUAGGGGUACAGUUGCUUAUGUUCCACAAGUAUCAUGGAUCUUCAAUGCAACCGUACGUCAGAAUAUACUAUUUGGAUCUGUCUUUGAACCUUCAAGGUAUUCCAGGGCAAUAGAUGUGACUGCAUUGCGGCAUGACCUUGAUUUGCUUCCCGGCGGUGAUCUCACUGAAAUUGGAGAAAGAGGAGUUAAUAUUAGUGGAGGACAAAAGCAAAGAGUAUCCAUGGCUAGGGCUGUUUACUCAGAUUCAGAUGUGUAUAUAUUUGAUGACCCUUUAAGCGCUCUUGAUGCUCAUGUGGCUCGACAGGUUUUCGAAAAAUGCAUCAAAGAAGAACUGAAGGGGAGGACCAGAGUUUUAGUGACAAACCAGUUACAUUUUCUUUCUCAAGUAGAUAGAAUACUUCUAGUCCAUGAUGGCAUGGUAAAAGAGGAAGGAACUUAUGAGGAAUUGUCAAACAAUGGCAUAUUGUUCCAAAAACUGAUGGAAAAUGCGGGGAAAAUGGAAGAAUAUGUGGAAGAAGAGGAAGAAGGUGUAGACAAGGAAAGUCAAACUUUAAAACCUGUAGCUAAUGGUGUAACAAAUGAUGUUCCAAAAGAUGGAAGCCAGGCAAAGAAAAGUAAAGAAGGGAAAUCGAUUCUCAUCAAGCAGGAGGAAAGGGAAACGGGGGUUGUCAGUUUGAAAGUCUUGGCAAGGUAUAAAAAUGCACUGGGAGGGUUGUGGGUGGUUAUGAUACUCUUCACGUGUUAUGUAUCAACAGAAGUAUUACGAGUUCUCAGUAGCACAUGGUUAAGUAUUUGGACAGAUGAAAGUACCCCAAAGAACCAUGGGCCAGGUUUCUACAAUCUGAUAUAUUCACUUCUAUCAUUUUGUCAGGUUCUUGUGACUUUGGCAAAUUCAUUUUGGUUGAUCCUAUCGAGCCUUUAUGCAGCCAGAAGGUUGCAUCAAGCUAUGCUUAACUCUAUUCUGAGGGCUCCUAUGGUCUUCUUUCAUACCAAUCCACUUGGCCGUAUUAUUAAUAGGUUUGCAAAGGAUUUAGGUGACAUAGAUCGGAACGUUGCUCCUUUCGUAAAUAUGUUUCUAGGCCAAGUGUCGCAGCUUCUUUCAACUUUUGUGCUGAUUGGAAUAUUAAGCACCAUGUCACUCUGGGCUAUAUUGCCACUUCUACUUGUGUUCUAUGCAGCUUAUCUGUAUUAUCAGAGCACAGCACGUGAAGUGAAGCGCUUAGAUUCCAUUAGCAGAUCUCCUGUCUAUGCCCAAUUUGGAGAAGCCUUGAAUGGCCUGUCAACUAUUCGUGCAUAUAAAGCUUAUGAUCGAAUGGCCAAUAUUAAUGGGAAUUCAAUGGACAACAAUGUUAGAUUUACUCUUGUGAACAUGAGUGGAAAUCGUUGGCUUGCAAUCCGAUUAGAAACAUUAGGGGGCGUUAUGAUUUGGCUUACUGCAACUUUUGCUGUAAUGCAAAAUGGAAGGGCAGUAAAUCAGGAAGCCUUUGCCUCUUCAAUGGGUUUACUUCUUAGUUAUGCUUUAAAUAUUACAAGCUUACUGACUGCUGUAUUGAGACUUGCAAGUCUAGCUGAGAAUAGUUUGAAUGCUGUUGAGCGUGUUGGCACAUAUAUAGAGUUGCCUUCAGAGGGUCCUUCAGUUAUUGACAGCAACCGUCCUCCUCCUGGAUGGCCUUCUUCUGGAUCCAUCAAAUUUGAAGAUGUUGUUCUACGUUAUCGACCUGAACUACCUCCAGUGUUGCAUGGUUUAUCAUUCAAGAUUCCUCCAAGUGACAAGGUUGGAAUAGUUGGAAGGACUGGAGCAGGAAAAUCGAGCAUGCUCAAUGCUUUAUUUAGGAUUGUUGAACUGGAAAGUGGCAGAAUCAUAAUUGAUGAUUAUGAUGUCUCGAAAUUCGGGUUGACAGAUCUUCGCAAGGUUCUUGGUAUUAUACCACAAGCACCUGUUCUUUUCUCAGGGAGUGUGAGAUUUAAUCUUGAUCCCUUUAGCGAGCACAAUGAUGCUGACUUGUGGGAGUCUUUAGAGAGGGCUCAUUUAAAAGAUGUCAUCAGAAGGAAUUCCUUGGGACUGGAUGCUGAGGUUUCAGAGGCAGGGGAGAAUUUUAGUGUUGGGCAGAGACAACUAUUAAGUCUUGCGCGAGCAUUGCUUCGUAGAUCGAAGAUUCUUGUUCUCGAUGAAGCAACUGCAGCUGUUGAUGUUAGAACUGAUGCUCUUAUUCAGAAGACAAUCAGAGAAGAAUUUAAGUCCUGUACAAUGCUCAUUAUUGCUCACCGGCUGAAUACUAUUAUUGACUGUGAUCGUAUCCUGUUGCUUGAUGCUGGUCAGGUUCUGGAGUAUGACACUCCUGAGGAGUUGCUCAAAAAUGAGAGAAGUGCUUUCUCUAAGAUGGUUCAAAGUACUGGGGCUGCAAAUGCUGAGUACCUGCGCAGUUUGGUACUUGGUGGAGAUGGGGAAAAUAGGUCGCAGCGAGAAGAGACGAAGCGACUGGAUGGACAAAGGAAAUGGCUUGCCUCCUCUCGCUGGGCAGCUGCUGCCCAGUUUGCUCUUGGUGUUAGCUUAACUUCGUCAACUAAUGACCUAGUGCAGUUAGAACUUCUAGAUGAUGAAAACAAUAUCCUCAACAGAACUAAGGAUGCAGUCAUAACUCUUCAGGGGGUUUUGGAAGGGAAACAUCACAAAAUUAUUGAAGAGACACUUGAACAGUACAAUGUUCCUGGAGACAGAUGGUGGUCUUCUCUGUACAAAAUGGUUGAAGGCCUUGCAAUAAUGAGUAGGUUGGGUCGGAGCAGGCUUAAUUCAGAAGGCGGUUUUGAAGACAAGGCAAUAGAUUGGGAUGGAAUUGACAUGUAGCAGAGCAAUACCAUUUUGGUCCGCAAACUCUACAGCUAUACGUUAAAUUAGUCAUGACUCAUGAUAGUACAUUUUGUGGCUGUGAAAGCCAGUAUCUCUAGUAUCACAUUAAUAUCUCUGUACUGACAUUGCUAGCUAGCACUGCAUAAAUUUGCAGGCUGCUGCUUACUGGAUGCUAUAGCCAUGAAGUCUCUUCGUCUAGGAACUUUUAACUUUUGAGAACUAAGAAUUGACACACAAUUUUGGAGAAGAGGUUUCAUUCAUACUAAUUUUACAUGUCACAGUUUUGACUUUA